AUGUCACUUGACGACCAUCCCAUAAUACCGAAAUACUUAUUUGCAGACUUAUCACUGAGCUUAAAUGCAAUAGACAAUGUUCUUACCUUACAUUAUUCCAAUCGUAUUUCUGAUCCACUUCUCCGAGAGAUUUUGAAUUCAGCAACUAAUUUUAUAGAAAGAAAGAGAAGGAUAGAUGUAAUUGACCUUGAACAGAUUUUAUAUUUCUUACCUGAAUCGUAUCGAUUAUAUAAGACUGGGACUGAUUAUGAAGAUAUGAGUAAGAUUUAUAUCAAAUUUCCAAAGAUUGAAUUGAACACAACUGCCAGGAAAGCCCAGCUUAUGCAAGCAAUGAAUAACUGGAUGAAGAACCACUCAACGUCAGACUCUAUUCCAAAGACGAGUAUUCAAGAUAUUGUCAAGAAAUAUGAGCUUGAACAACCGGUAUCAAGAACAUCACUGCCUGUCAAAAUCACCAAACCAACAUCAAGAAAUGGAUCUCCCACUAAAGCAAGAAGAAGACUAUUAUUUGAAGAUCUUAAAAAUGAUUCUUCUCAGUUUAAGUUUAAACAAAGGGACGAGGUUGUUGAAACAGAAAAGAAUAACGGCCUUUCAUUGCUUGAACGAAUCAGACUAAAAGAGAAGUUAAAUAAACUCGAAGAACUUAAAGAUGAAAAUUCUGCAGAGCUGAAAUAUGAGACAUAUUUGUCACAAAAGUGCCAAAUGGUUUAUGAUAUAAUUUUUCAAUUGUAUAAUGUCAAUUUAGAAACAGAAACAUUCAAAUCGUUUUCGAUAACCAAAUUAGUGGAAAUCAUUAAGGACAGUUCCUCAUAUCCUUUGGAUGCUGAUGAAGUUAAAGAUGUCAUAAAACUUAUAGAACGGAAAUUGAACAAUAAAACAAGAUUUACUAUUAUAGAGAAGAAUAGAAUAACAAUUUUAAAAGUAGCUAGUUUAAAUCGCAAUCAAGAUUUAAAAAUACUUAUAUAA